AAAUAGUUAAACUUCUGACGUUUGUGCGACGUGUGUCUGGUAUCGAUUGUUGUUGAUCCGCUCUUCGAACUGUCAGAUAUCCGUCAGUUUCGUUUGCGGCGGUGUUAUUUGUGCCACGAUGGCGACAACGCCACAGGAUAAAAACAUUGCCAAAAUCGAGACCGCAAUUAGCAUGGAGGGCCUCACGAAGACGACCCUUCCAGCGAACACCAACAGAAACUUCGGGGAGAUUGCAAUAGAGGCCUCGCAGAUUGUCAGCCGAUUGGAGAAGGUUGCAGAGGGUGGCCCCACUCCACCUGAGCAAGGUUCCACAGUGUUCCUGGGUUUGCUUCGAAGGGAACCCGAUGAUAUACUGCAGACCAUACAGGGUCUGAUCAAUGUGGAAGAGGAUGGACCUCCACCAGGUUUGGAUCCUGUCGGGAAAUUGGUCAUAUCAUGUCACAGUUUGGCUGCUUACUGCGGCGCCCUUGACAGGCACACUCUGCAGAAGCUCAGCACAAGAUUCACGACGGACACGACGAGAUGGCUGAGCCAAAUGUUUGGAUUCUUGGACUGCGCUGCUUUUUACCAUGAUGAUCAGCUGGAGGGUUUGGUUCGCGUGACGAGGAUGAUGCUUCAUUACAAAUACCCUAGAUAUUUGGAGGAUGGAGCUCUGGCGUACAGCGCGUCCCCGCCCACCAUCUACAGCAGCAUGGCCAGCCCACUGGGCGUGGUUCAGCAUCUCUGCCGCCAACUGGGAUUACCCCUAUCCUGCGUCCGACCCGUUCCUGUCAAUACACAUUUCGGUUCCCAAUACACGAUGGACGUGGCGGCUCUUCAGAAGAUGAUCGCCGAGGAUAUAUCCGCUGGACGGAGUCCGUUGCUGGUCGUUGCUGAUGCCGGUACACCAAUCACCGGUCAUCUGGAUAACAUGAGCAGGUUGCAGGAGUUGUGCAAGGAAAACAACAUUUGGUUGCAUCUGAGGGGACACAGUUUGGCCGCCCUCGCUUUACCAUUGCAGCCGCACAGCGCGCAACCGUCGCCGAUCGCUGAUAGCUUCACGCUGCCCCUUGGUGGUUGGUUGGGAUUGCUCGGUUUACCUAUGGUCACCCUUUAUAGGUUGUGGGAUAAAUCGAGCGCGAACAGCGAGGGUAGGCAACGGCAGUUGGGCGCGAGUCGCGAGAGCACUCUACCUUUGGUGGCGGGUCUCACGAACGAUCACAUGGGAAGGAGGAUCCUGGCGCUUCCGCUGUGGGCGGCGAUGCAGGCUUUAGGAAGAGAAGGAAUCCACGCCCGAAUCAGAGACAACUUCUUAUCCAGCGAGAGGUUGUGGGCCGCCGUCGAUUGCUACAGACAAGUCAGAGUGUUGAGUCAGAAACCUGGUGGCGAGAGCGGCGCUUACACUGUAUCAGAGUUAAUUUCAAAACCGAUAAAAAUAGCGUUGCUAUUUGAAACUACAGCGUGCAGCGUCGUCUUCCAAUUCGUGCCGGAGCUGAGCGAAGGCGAAACUUUGGGUAGGAUUCCGCCGUACUUUGAUAAAUUGAACUCUUGGUUGGGGCAGAUUCUGCAGCUGGACGCGCCCCAAGUGCCUAUCGAUAUUUGCGAGUUGGAGAAUUGCGGCGUCGUGCUACGCUUCUGCCCGUUCGAAUCCGCAGUCGGUCCGGGUCCUAGUUUAAACGAUAUCGAGUCGUUCGUGCAGUGUCUGGAGCAGCAGCUUAUUAUUCUGAGAGCCACGAUUCAGCAUAAGGAAACGUUCGUUAAAUUAAUAGAUGCGUCUCCGGUGUUGAGGAUUGUCGAGUUGCCGGAAUGGGCGGGUCUGGGCGGAGUCAGGUACGCGCCGGAGGGAUGGGAGGAGUUGUUGACCGAUCAAGCGAAGGAGGAGCUCAACAAUCUGAAUAUGGCUUUGGUGGAUUCGUUAAGAUCCACGGAUUCAGCGUUCUCUUUGGGAGAGGGCACGGAUGGUUUGAUGUGCGUGCGGUUCGGUAUGCUGACGCCGCAAUCGGAUGUCGAAGAGUUGAUUAGUCUGGUGAUUAGAGUGGGUCAGUCUGUCGAGGAGAACUCGCGCGUUCUGGAUUCGAUGAGCGAGAUCCUCAAGAAGGGUAUAGAGACGGCCACUUUGGAUCUGCAGAAGGAGAACGAGGAGAGGUUGUGGCAGGAAGGUAUCUUGAGGCAGGUGCCGGUCUUCGGGAGUUUAGUGAAUUGGUGGUCGCCGAAGACCAAGGAGACGGGCGUCAGAGGGCGGAGCCUGAACCUGACGCAGGGCGUCGUCGAAUCCACCGAGAACAUAUACAAGUAUCACAUGCAGAUGCAAGGGCGGAACGUCCAAAGCGGUGUGAAAAGUCCGCCAACGCCGCAAGUGCAAACCCCGGUGGGCGGGAGCCACUCUAGGAGCAGUAGCCACGCCUCCAGCCAAGGAGCGCCGUCGAUAGGCCAGUUGCAAACUCAGUUGACGAGCGUGAAGAUUGACAAGGAAACGACGCCGGAAAACGGCAAUGCGACAACUUAAUUUUGGGGGGAUUUUUUUUUCUUUACGUUUUCUGAUUAGAGAAACAAGCAAUUACUAUUUUCUUAAAUUAACUUAUAUAUAUUCCAUCGAUGGGUGUUUCCCAUUUAUUUAUUUUUUUGAUUUUAUCGAGAUGAAUUACAAAUAAUUUUAUUAAUUUUGGUACGAAUAGGCUGUAUCUAGACUGAUCCUCGCCAAUCCACCAACAACAACAAGAAUCCCCCAAAAAUAAAAAAAUGAGUAAAGUAAAGAGAAAAUCAUCAGAAACGUUUUGAUUCUUCUUAAUUUUAAUCUAUUAAUAAUAUUGUUCAUCUGCUCUGUUCGAUGUUUGUUUUCUGUGAUAAAUGACCGUUGACGUUGUUUAGGUUGCAUCAAAUCAAAGUAUUAUUUCGUUUAUUUAUUA